AUGGACCUGGAACGCGAGCGUCGGAGAGACGAGUAUGAGGAAUUUAAGACAGUAGAGCGUAUUGUGCUAUCGGAAAGAAUUGUUGACGAUGACGGAAAAACGAAAUUACAGUACUUAGUGAAGUGGAAAAGACUGUAUUAUGAUGAUUGUACGUGGGAGGAUGGUGAAGUGAUUGCAGAUAUAGCACCUAAACAGGUGGAUUUGUUCCAGAGUAGGAGUUCGUCCAAGAUCAGUCCCUCGUAUAGUGUUAGUUAUGGCAGCACGAGACCUAAAUUUGAGAAGUUGAGUGAACAGCCGUCGUUUGUCAAGGGUGGGGAACUUCGAGACUUCCAGCUGACUGGUCUUAACUGGAUGGCGUUUUUGUGGUCACGAAAUGAAAACGGUAUUUUGGCAGAUGAGAUGGGUCUCGGUAAAACAGUUCAGACAGUGGCAUUUUUGUCGUGGUUGAUCUAUGCCCGUAAACAGAACGGGCCAUUUUUGGUGGUGGUUCCAUUGUCCACGAUUCCUGCUUGGCAGGAAACACUUGAUUUGUGGGCUCCAGAUCUUAAUUAUAUUGUGUAUCUUGGUAACAGCCAGGCGAGAAAGACUAUUCAGGAUUAUGAGUUUUAUAUCAAUGCGACGUCCAAGAAACCCAAGUUCAAUAUUUUGUUGACGACUUAUGAAUACAUUCUGAAAGACAGAAGUGAGCUUGGUUCUAUUAAAUGGCAGUUUCUGGCAGUUGAUGAGGCCCAUAGAUUGAAGAACAGUGAGUCGGCUCUGUAUGAAUCGUUGCGAGAUUUCAAAGUGGGUAAUCGAUUACUAAUUACUGGUACACCAUUACAAAACAAUAUUAAAGAGCUGGCAGCAUUAAUUGAUUUCUUGAUGCCUGGUAAGAUGGAGAUUGACCAGGAAAUUGAUUUUGAGCAGCCCGACGAAGUACAGGAAGGAUACAUUCGAGAUCUGCAUAAACGAUUACAGCCAUUCAUUUUGCGACGUCUUAAAAAGGAUGUCGAAAAGUCACUGCCAGCCAAGACGGAGCGUAUUUUGCGAGUCGAGUUGAGUGACAUGCAAACAAAUUACUAUAAGAACAUCAUUUCAAAGAACUAUUCAGCAUUGAAUGCAGGAGCAUCCAGCUCGAUGCAAAUGAGUCUUUUGAAUAUCAUGGUUGAACUGAAAAAGGCCAGUAACCACCCAUAUCUGUUUCCCAAUGCUGAGAACCAGUAUUUUGCAUCUGUUAGUACUAACAACACCGUUGGAAACCGUGAGUUGACGUUGCGUGGUAUGAUUAUGAACAGUGGAAAGAUGGUACUUCUUGAUAAACUGUUAGGUAGAUUACGCAAAGAUGGCCAUCGGGUGCUAAUUUUUAGUCAAAUGGUCCGGAUGCUGGAUAUCUUGGGAGACUACUUGUCUAUUAAGGGAUUGCCGUUUCAGCGAUUGGACGGUACUGUACCAGCAGCCACGCGUAGAGUGGCUAUUGACCAUUUCAAUGCACCAGAUAGUCCAGAUUUUGUUUUUCUUCUCAGUACCAGAGCAGGUGGUCUCGGAAUUAAUCUCAUGACUGCAGAUACGGUAAUUAUUUUCGACUCUGACUGGAACCCACAAGCUGAUUUACAAGCCAUGGCCCGAGCCCAUAGAAUCGGACAAAAGAAUCAUGUGAUGGUGUACAGAUUUGUGUCAAAGGAUACCGUUGAAGAGCAGGUUUUGGAGAGAGCAAGAAGAAAGAUGAUUUUGGAAUACGCUAUUAUCUCGCUGGGUAUAACCGAUAAGGGAGCCAGCAAAAAGACCGAGCCGUCAGCCUCGGAACUGAGUGAGAUUCUGAAAUUCGGCGCAGGAAAUAUGUUCCAAGCUACUAAUAACCAGAAGAAGCUAGAGGAUAUGAAUCUAGACGACGUGCUUGAUCACGCAGAAAAUCACGUUACUACGCCGGAUCUAGGAGAAUCGCAUUUGGGUGGUGAAGAGUUUUUGAAGCAAUUCGAAGUCACUGAUUAUAAAGCCGAUGUCAGCUGGGAUGAUAUCAUUCCUGCCGAAGAACUUGUCAAGAUCAAAGAAGAGGAGGAGAAACGCAAGAAUGAAGAGUAUUUGCAAGAGCAGAUUAGUCUCUACAGUCGUCGUAAAGCCGCUCUCAAGGUAGAUCAGGGUGUCAGUAACACGGAAGAUGAUGACGAUGAGCCAGCUGGAGGACGUCGUAAAAAGCUUGGUAGUAAAGGACUGGCCAAGAAAGACGCUGUUUCAAGACUGGACCCUAACAAUCUCACUGAGCGAGAAAUCCGUGGUUUGUACAGAUCUAUUUUACGAUAUGGAGAUGUCAGUUCACUAUGGGAUAAACUGUUUAGUGAUGGUUCAUUGUCGAACCGUAAACCUGAAUUGGUGAAACAGGCAUUCCAAGAACUUACUGAUCUGGCGAAAGCUGCUAUCGACGAAGAAAGCAAGAGACGAGCUGAAGAUCUCGCACAAGCCGCUGCCAACCCUGAAAAUGCACCCAAGCGUAAAGAGAAAAAGGCCAUUCUGUUUGAAUACAAAAAGGUCAAGAAUAUCAAUGCCGAGCUGAUUGUUCAACGACCAGCAGACAUGAAACUUAUUAAUGAAGCAGGUCCUACUAAACAGAAUGAAGACUUUAUCUUCCCCAAACCUAUCAAGUCAGUUCACGGCUGGAACUGCGAGUGGGAUAUUAUUGAUGAUAUCAACUUGUUAGUAGGGGUACGAAAGUACGGAUAUGGUGCAUGGACUUUGAUUAGAGAUGAUCCAACUCUGGGAAUGCAAGAUAAGAUGUUCUUGGAAGAACACCGAGUCGAAAAGAAGCUUGAAAGACAAGCUGCUCUGGCCAUUAAACAGGAAUCUACACCUGCUGGCAGUCCUCGAGUAGGAUCUCCUCAGGUUGAAGGAAAUACCACCACCACUGAUAACAGCACAGUCAAUGCUGAAACUAAUUCUACCAACCCAUCAGCAGGAUCUACCACUACCACUACUUCCAAUACUACUGAUGCCAAUACAUCUAAUACACCAGCUGGUUCAGCAGUUGCUCCAGCAGGUACUCCUGUACCGGCAGUAGAAAAAGUAGGACCGAAAGUUCCUGGUGCUGUUCAUCUUGCCAGAAGAGUUGACUAUCUGAUAUCAGUCCUAAGAGACGAUCCUGAAGAAGCUACUACUGGCAGUAACAACACCAGUUACGGUGGUGCAUCGCACGAACGGAAGUCUCGUAAGCAGUCCGAAACCCCUGUACGUAGAAUUAAAGCCGAAUCACCAGCUGUUAACGGGUCAUCACCCGGUCCUAACAGCAGUAAUUCAGCUCGGAAAUCUGCUGCAUCUUCAUCAUCAGCAACCAAACCAAAAAUCAAGAAACAGACUAAAACGCAGCCAUCAGCAACACAGUCACCACCAGCACCACCACCAGAAGAAGAAGAAUACAGUGACUACACAAGCAUGGACGAAAAAGCGUGUAAAGAAGCACUCCAUCCCGUACGUCACAGUCUCCGCUGGCUCAAAAAGGGCAGUUUCGGCCAGGAAAGGGCAGCGUUCGCCAUCCAGCUGAAAAAAGAGCUUCUUACAGUUGGUCGACUCAUCGACAGCGAACUCGCCAAACUGCCAAAGAACUCGCCACAACAGCUCAAGCGCAAAAAACACCUGUGGGCAUUUGCCAGCUACUUCUGGCCCGUACGAGUCCCCUCAGCUAAAAUCAUGGCCAUGUAUGAGAAGAAACGCGACUCGUCAUGA